ACAGAGCACCAGCCUGGGCUCUCAGUUUUGAGUACGCAAGGCGCAGCAAUUUGGAGUGGUGCGAAUAUCCAACAAACAAAAACCUCGUGAUUCCUUGCGAGAAAGAAAACUUUCUCUCGCACUCUCUCAACAAUCUCAUACGGUCAGCUUCUACCUGUCGAUCUACUUCUUCUUCUUCUUCUUCUUUUCUCUAUUUAGUCUUUGAUCAAUUGAAUUUUAAUCUGGACCUUCCAGCCCUUGCUACAAUCAUAUUCACGCAAAUCUGAAUUUCACUUCAGUCUCUCAGAAAAACUGGGUCUUGCUUCAGCAACUGGUUAUAUUUUCUGGGAAAAACUUUUUGCAUUUUGGUUCAUUGCAGAUCCGAAUCCACAAGACAUGGGUUUGAAUUUGAGUAUCAGGAAAGUAAAUAGAGGAGGGGAAUUGGGAACACUGAAGGAAUCAGAUUGAUUUGGGUUUUUCGAUUUUGUUACUGCAGUAUUGGGUUUUCUUUCGAAAGUAGUUUAGAGUUUAGAGUAGUGGAUUUAAGGUAGUUUGAGUCGAAGGAUUUGAGAAUUGGGUUUGUGAUGGGUUAAAAAAUUGUUCGAAGUUCAGAAACUAUUCGUGGGUAUUAUGGAUAUGGGUUUGAUUAUUGCGAGGAUUUGAGAAUUGAGUUUCAGAUUCUGUGGAGAAGAAUUUUUUUUUGACUUGGAGAAUUGGUUGGUGGGUUUGGGUUGCCUGGAAGAGGUGCUGUAGUCAUGUUCUAUGGUUCUGUUUCAUGGGACCCUUGGCUCAUUGUUGCCCAAAUUGUUUGCCUUCAAUGCUUAUACUAUCUCAGUCUUGGAGUAUUCUUGACAAUUCUUGUCGGGACUCGCGUGUCUAGGAUGAGCCUGGUGUAUUUCUUUGAUUAUGCCACUGCCACUACCUCUACAGUUACCGGCUGGUCUGUCAUUGCUUCGUUUCUGCUCAGCUCGUUUGCAGGAGCUGGAUUUAUGCUUUAUCUGAUUGAGAGGGCAAAAAAGUGCUUAGAUUUUUCAGCCACUGUGUACAUUAUCCAUCUUUUCAUAUGCAUUGUAUAUGGAGGUUGGCCUUCCUCCAUAACGUGGUGGGUUCUGAAUGGUACUGGAAUUGCAGUGAUGGCUUUGCUAGGUGAAUAUCUGUGCAUUAGACGUGAACUGCGAGAGAUUCCCAUUACACGAUACCGUUCGAAUGUUUGACUGAUAUGGCAGACUGAAGAGGCAAGGGCAAAAUUUUCUGUAAUGGCUGUUUCUUCCAUACUUUUGGAGGGAGGAUCACCUGGUUCAAGCGCAUCAAGUACUGAAUCUAUAAGGUGUGAUAAGAAAAAAAUAGCUUUAUCUCUAGAUUCUGGUGGCUAUGACAGAAGAAGUGCAAAGAAAUUUGAGGUGGCAUUAAAUGACGGGAAGAAUGAGAAAAUGAGUAUAGGAAAUGUUUCAUGUAUGACUAACUGUAGGUUGUUUUGGAAAAUGUGAUCAUGCUUUAUUCUGCGUCUGAUAUAUCAUUCCUGGUUUAUUUGUAAUAUGCUUAGUUUAUUUGGGUCUUAUUCUUUAAGAUGAUCAAUUGGAUGAAUUUGAAAAAUUUAUAUAAUUCUGUGUCAAGACUUGUUUUAUA